AUGAAAGAUCCCACUUCAGAUUCGGAAGAAGAAAUUUUGGUUUACGCAGAGUUUAAAGAUAGUGUUAAUAUCGAAAAAUACAAAAGUAUUCACAUUUUAGGCAUUGACGGGAAAACCCCUAUAAUACAGUUGGAUGAUACGUUUUUUACAGGUAAAUACGAGAAUCCAUUAGGAACAUACUUAUUUUUUGAAGAGGACACUUCCCCAUAUUGUGCAGAUCACUUAUUUGAUAAAUUACCAGAAAAGAAUUUGAAGUACCUUCACAAAACAACAAAGCUUUUGUGUAUGGAACAUGCAUAUGUAACUCCAAAAGAAGGCACAGAGGAAAGCGUACAAAGUCAACUGCAGCUGCCACACCAAGAUGAUGACAUACAGCCACAGUUUCUUCGUAACAUGUAUUUAAGAUGGAUUUUGGAUGAAAGUAUUGAUAGAAUAAAAUAUGGAACAGCCUUCAUGUUAUUUUUCAAGAACUUAAGACUGUCUUAA